GUACAAUUUCAUUCUUGGACUAUAUCACAACCAAAAAUGGCAUUCAAGUUUGUCGUUCUUAGCUGCCUGGUGGCUGCCGCAAGCGCUGGACUACUCCCAGCUGCUCCCGUCGCUUAUUCGGCCCCACUCUCAUACUCGUCCCAUGCCAUCCACGCUGCUCCUGUGGCGUAUUCCGCCCCAGUGGCCUACGCAGCCCCUAUCGCUAAAGUCGCCGCUGUUGCUCCAGUAGCCAAAGUAGUGGAGGCUUACGACUCUCACCCACAAUACAGCUUCGCCUACGAUGUACAAGAUGGCCACACCGGUGAUUCUAAGUCCCAGCACGAGACCCGUGACGGCGAUGUUGUUCAGGGUUCUUACUCCGUUGUUGACCCCGAUGGUACCAAGCGUACUGUUGAGUACACCGCCGACCCCCACAACGGUUUCAACGCUGUCGUCCACAGAGAGCCUCUCGCCGUGAAGGUUGCUGCUGCCCCCGUCGCAUACGCCGCACCCGUCGCCAAAAUCGCAGCCCCUGUUGCAUACGCUGCCGCACCCGUCGCCAAGGUCGCAUACGCCGCCCCUGUGUCAUACGCCGCUGCACCCGUCGCCAAACUUGCAUACUCUGCGCCCGUUGCCUACCCCGCCCCAUUGUAUCACCACUAAGUCAUUAUUAGAAGAUAAUCUUG